AUGGGGGAGUCUUCCACGUCACAAGAAGAUCCUGCACCAAUCAUAGAUCUGGAGGCAUCACCACCUGUUGAAACAACAGCAUCGACGGUAACUCAGGAGAUUCUGUUUGGUACAAUCCCUACGAAGGUCACACCCAAGGUUGUUAAUGUGGUGAAGGAUGCAGGAGGACCUCCGAGGGAGAAACUUAAAAAAUCAAAACCAGAAGAAAAGAAGAUAAAGUGCCCAAACUCCAAACCCAGCCAACGGGCAAGAAGAACCAGGAGAAACAACUUCGCCCCAUAUUUUUUCAUUUCAAAAUCAUGUCAAAAACUCCAUUGUUACACCACUAAUCAUCUCUUCUAUGAGCUUGGAAUCAGCCAAUCAAUGGGAACUCUUACUACUUUCAGCACUCUUAUUACCCUUAAUUUUAGAACCACCAUUAAUGGGGUUCCUUCAUUAUGUUCCACUACACACAGGAAAACUCCAUUUUUGAACUAUAAUGUCGGGUUAAAGUUCAAUACUAGUUGUUAUUUGUGCCAAAAGGGUUGGAGGAGAGAUUUGUUAAAUACCCAGAAAAAUGGGGGUUUGUUUGAUAGAUUAAUGUGUUUUAGUAGUGGCAGUGAUGAAGAUGGUGAUACCGGAAAUUCGCCGAGUGAUUCCAAUUUGGCAACUAAGGAGAAAGAGAGAGUUGUGAAAGAAAGGGAUGAGGAGGGUGAUACGCCCACUUCGUUUUCGUCUUCCGAGCCACCGCCAAUCCCUCCUGUAGGGACACCAUACAGCAAUUUCCAAGUCGACUCGUUUAAAUUACUGGAACUUCUAGGACCUGAAAAGGUUGAUCCAGCUGAUGUCAAGCUGAUUAAGGAAACAUUAUUUGGAUAUUCUACCUUCUGGGUGACAAAAGAGGAGCCGUUUGGUGAUCUUGGUGAAGGAAUUCUUUUCCUGGGGAACUUGAGGGGGAAAAGAGAGGAAGUAUUUGAGAAGCUUCAAAAACAGCUAGCAGAACUCAUGGGUGACAAGUACAAUCUUUUUAUGGUGGAGGAACCCAAUUCAGAGGAUCCUGAUCCUCGUGGUGGACCUCGUGUUAGUUUUGGUAUGCUACGAAAAGAGGUCUCUGAACCAGGACCAACGACACUUUGGCAGUAUGUAAUUGCUCUAUUUUUGUUCCUUUUCACCAUUGGUUCCUCAGUUGAGCUAGGUAUUGCAUCCCAGAUAAAUCGUCUUCCUCCAGAGUUGGUGAAGUACUUCACAGAUCCUGAUGCAAUUGAUCCUCCAGAUAUGCAAUUGCUGCUCCCAUUCGUGGAGGCCGCUCUGCCUCUAGCUUAUGGUGUCUUAGGAGUUCAGCUGUUUCAUGAAAUUGGGCAUUAUCUGGCAGCUUUUCCAAAAAAUGUGAAGCUUAGCAUUCCGUAUUUUAUCCCCAACAUAACACUUGGUAGCUUUGGGGCAAUCACACAGUUCAAAUCUAUCCUUCCGGAUAAAAAGACUCAAGUUGACAUUUCAUUGGCUGGUCCCUUUGCUGGUGCUGCACUCUCAUUGUCCAUGUUUGCUGUUGGCCUGCUGUUAUCUUCGAAUCCUGAUGUUGCAGGAGAUUUUGUACAAGUUCCAAGUACACUAUUUCAAGGUUCUCUGCUUCUUGGACUCAUAAGUCGAGCCACUCUUGGUUAUACAGCAAUGCAUGCUGCCUCAGUUUCAAUCCAUCCGCUUGUAGUUGCUGGCUGGUGUGGUUUGACAAGCACUGCUUUCAACUUGCUUCCAGUUGGGUGCCUUGAUGGUGGAAGAGCAGUGCAGGGUGCUUUUGGAAAGAAUGCACUUGUUGCUUUUGGAUUGACGACAUACUUAUUGCUUGGUUUAGGAGUGCUAGGGGGACCUUUAUCACUUCCUUGGGGACUAUACGUGCUAAUUUGUCAGAGAACUCCGGAGAAACCAUGUUUAAAUGAUGUAACGGAGGUGGGAAGUUGGAGGAAAGCCGUGGUAGUAGGAGCUACAUUUCUGGUUUUAUUGACAUUGCUCCCUGUUUGGGACGAGCUAGCGGAGGAGUUGGGUAUAGGUCUUGUUACCACACUCUGAUUAUAAAAUUUACAGGCGAACUGCAUUGUUAUUGAAUGUGUAUAUGUUAGCUAACACAAAGACUUUGUUCCUACAAUGUAGUCAUAAAUAAUGAUCUGAAAUUUUGUAAUUUGGUAACAUACUUUAUUAAAUUCAUAAUUCUCUUUA